UGGUGUAGUAGGAAGACAGAAAAUGGCAGUUGGUCUGGAAUGCUCUGGAUGAGCUGGUGUCAGAAGGAUCUGGCUGGGAGGCGAAUUGUGGCUGGUGUAGUAGGAAGACAGAAAAUGGCAGUUGGUCUGGAAUGCUCUGGAUGAGCUGGUGUCAGAAGGAUCUGGCUGGGAGGCGAAUUGUGGCUGGUGUAGUAGGAAGACAGAAAAUGGCAGUUGGUCUGGAAUGCUCUGGAUGAGCUGGUGUCAGAAGGAUCUGGCUGGGAGGCGAAUUGUGGCUGGGGGUACAGCAGCAGUAAAAGCAUUACAGGACCAGGGAAUGGUAACGGUAGCUGUGUAAUGCAGUGACUUUCAUGCGUGUCCUGAAGGUGCCAGUAUGUAGGGGUUCUGAGAUAAAGAUGCGUUUGGUCCUGGCGAUGGUAGCACCAGGGUUUUUGUGCAGCCUAUGAGGAGGUCAAGGCUGUUCAGUCUUGGGUAUUUAUAAGGUUCAGGGCGGGUGCAGAGCUAAAGGGUGUCAGACAUCAGCUGGUGGGCGACUUUCCAAGAAAAGCUUUAUGCAAGUGAUGGCUGGGUUUUCAGAGAAAGCCUGUCUGUUUAAAGCGUCUGUCUGUAAUUUUUCAGUUUUGGUGGAUUUGGCGACAUCUGUGGUGACCGGUGGUCACAAGAGUUUGUUUUUGCACUCCAAAUAUCAGCGUUCCAUUUUAAACAAAGCAGUUCACUGCGUGCUAAUUUUUCUUAUGAUCUAGCGGUAGCGUAUUUUGAAAGAGAAAGAAGACACAACCAAAAAUGUCGCCCGACUCGGUAACAUUGGGCAGCAUAUCAAACCUCAUUUCAAAGACACUCUUUGGAUUUUCGCUUUCGGCGAAAGUUGGAAGUUCCUUUGCGCAGAGUCAUCGCAGUUGAGUACUUGGCGGGAUUUCCGCUUUUGACACCGCCGGUGGAAAGCCGCAUGCAGAGGAGCGAUUGCAGACCGCAAAUGCGUUGAAUCAUUACUGCUACAAAAAUGGCAUCAUGAAAAGGUAUCUAAUGUGGCAUUUUUAAUGGGAAAACGGAAGGAUUGACCCUGCAGACUUAGCGGUAAGCGAGCCCUGGAGAGAGGCUGUGAUCGGCCCUGAGCAACUGAAGCAUUGGCACCGGAGUCAGGAUGAGCCCCAAGGGGGCUUCCCCGGGACUAUCGCCCCGGGACUGUCUGCCCAAACGGGCCUCAUGUCUGUGUGUCCCGCGAUCUGGCUCCGUGUGUCCCUCUGUGUGUCCCGCGGUCCUGCUCUCUGUUUCCCAUGGUCCUGCUGUGUGUGUCUCAUGGUCCUGUUCCCUGUGUAUCCCCCAUGGUCCUGUUCCCUGUGUGUCCCCCUUGGUCCUGUUCCCUGUGUGUCCCCCUUGGUCCUGUUCCCUGUGUGUCCCCCUUGGUCCUGUUCCCUGUGUGUCCCCCAUGGUCCUGUUCCCUGUGUGUCCCCCUUGGUCCUGUUCCCUGUGUGUCCCCCUUGGUCCUGUUCCCUGUGUGUCCCCCAUGGUCCUGCUCUAAGCCCCUCGGUCCUGCUCUAUGCCCCUCGGUCCUGCUCUGUGUCCCGCAGUCCUGCUCUCUGUGUGUGUCCGACGGUCCUGAUCUGUGUCUGUCCCACCCGGUCCUGCUCUGUGUCCCGCAGUCCUGCUCUGUGUCUGUCCCACCCGGCCCUGCUCUGUCGCUCUGCUCUGCUUUAUCCACAGAUUGGCGGGAGUGCGGGCGGCUGGGCGGGGCCUCCCGAAACGCUGCCGCCCCCGCCUCUGCUCCUCCCUCCUCUCUGCCCUGGAGGGACCGCCCCUCUCCCAGGGAGGCGCCACUGAGGAGCAGCUCCAGCCCGCCCAACAGCACUGGCAGCACCGCGGACAGCGACGGCUGGGAGACCCCGCGAUGCGACCGCGACCGUGACCGAGACCGCGACCGCGACCCCCCCUCCGGCAGCGACCCGCCCCGGCCCAAGAAGUGCAAGAGCUUCGGCAGCGGGCCGCAGGGCCCGGAGAAGCGGGCCGGGGGGGGCCGCCCUGCGCCCCUCAAGCGCUCCAAGCCCUCGGGCCUCCUGCUGGACGGCCGGCAGAAGACCGACAAGGUGAAGAAGAAGAAGAAGCUGAGGAGGAGGGAGGGCGGGGAGCAGAGGACGCCGCCGCCGCCGCCGCCGCUGACGACCGUCAAACCCGAAGCCAGCCCGCCCUUCACAGGGCGGCCGAUCAAGGAGGAGCCCGAGGACGACUUCAGCACCUCCACCCCGUACGGGCGCGCCCACGACCCGCACGCGCACACCCCUGACCCGUACGCUCGCACCCCUGACCCAGGGCGAUCGGGGGCGACGGUGACGGCAGGCUUCGGGCCCAGUCCCAUCGGCCGCUUCGCCCCGGACACGCCCGGAUUCGCCGUUCGCUGCAAGGAGGAGCCGGACGCGGAGCUGCCCUGCUGGGAGCCCAGCACCUCCAGAGGCCUGGAGUCUCGGGCCGCCGCCCGGGAGGAUGAAGAUGAGGACGAGGAGGAGGACGAGGACGAGGGGGUGGCGGUGAAGGUGGAGGGGUUGCCCGGGAAACGAACUGUGAUCCGACAGGGCAAGCAGGUGGUGUUCCGGGAUGAGGACGGCUCUGAGGACGAUGAGGACAUCAUGGUCGACUCGGACGACGACUCCUGGGACCUGGUGACCUGCUUCUGCAUGAAGCCCUUCGCUGGACGGGCCAUGAUCGAGUGCAACCAGUGCAACACCUGGAUCCACCUGUCCUGCGCCAAAAUCCGCAAGUCCAACGUCCCCGAGACGUACGUGUGUCAGAGGUGCAGGGACGCCAAGUUCGACAUCCGGCGCUCCAACCGGUCCCGCAUGGGGUCCCGCAAGCACCUGUUGGAUUGACCCCCCCCCCCCACACUUCCCAAACGCUCCCUGCCAGAGUUUUGUACGUACUUAAUGGCAGGGGUUGGGAGAAAACAGACUCCACAGUUUAGACUGAAUUGGCCACGCAUUCGAGCACACGAAUCGGUGCGCGAGUGUUUUCCUAAAGACGUUUGUGCGCAAGGCAAUCAGUACUGGUCAGAUGAAAUCUUCAGCAUUAAACCAGCCGGCUUCGACUGUUGAGGCGGAUGCCCUUGAAUGGACUCCAGGAGGAGUGAUGUAGAGCAACUCGGGUGAUUGUGACCUCUGGCACAGAAUGGAGGGGGACGGCUGGAAUCGGUAUGGUGGUGAUUGGUGCACUUUUUAAGAGGACGAGGAGGGUUGGUCACAAACUCCUUGUAUGUUGCGGUUUCAGUGGUGCCGUUAUCGGAUCCUUGUGUUAAUAACUUAGUGAUGAUAACUCGAGACUUGAUUCCUUGAUACUUCCAAACACCCCAAAUAAUUUUUGCGUAUCCUCUGAUGUUCACCUUUUUGAUGAUGGAUUUUCGUCCCCCUUUGUCUUUUCUCCUCCCUUAGUCAUAAUCAUAAAAUGGAGAACCUGUUUAAUACAUUGUUGGAUUUUAUUCAUUUUUUGUUUUGUAUGGAUUUUGAAAAUGUCUUGAUUCUAAAUGCAAAUGCUUUGUUUUUAAUGGUAAAGCUAGUGAAGAAGCAGACUGUCAGUCUGCCCUGAAUUUGAUUGGUCCGUUUGUGACAGCUGUGAAACUGAACUGAUGUCAUAGCUGGUCGAGGGUGCAGUUGUGCCUUUCUUUAACCUGUGGAGUUAGGCGUGGGCUCUACCUGUGUGUAUCUUUUUCCGUUUCCUUACAUUGUCUUGCACGCAGUGUUCUGCCAUCCAGCCAGAAGCUUUAGUGUAAACUUUAACCUUUUCAGAGAUUGUUCAUGUUCAUUUUUUGUGUUCAUACUGUGUUUUUUUUGUUUUUUAUUAUUCCCCAUGUUUUUGUUCAGCCAGGCACUUGAAGCUUGUUCGCGUCACGUUUGUGUCUAUAGGAUAAAGAUUAAUGAGCCUGUACUGGGGGAAGGGCUAAAUUUCCUGUUGUCGGUUUGUUCUAGAACCACACAACUGUUGAAACGUGUAAAAAAAUGUAUAAAAUCUACUGCAGAACGCAUUUUAAGGAAACUUUAAAAAGGAUUAGUUGCCAGCAGCAUAUGCUUUUCUUCUUUAGUUUUUCUUUGCUUAUGUUUUUUUUCACCCACAACACUGGACAGCAAAUGUGUCAUUUGGAGUGUUAAUUGGUCAGUGUUUAUAAAGGAUGCCAGUGGUUUAGUCAGAGGAAUGGGUUGCCAGGUGAUUCAGUUCACACUACUUUUUAUGGGCUGCAGUGGGAGCACCUGUUGCAAGUAUCUUGGUGUGUGUGCAACAAUCUUGGGUUUGUCAUUUUACACAGUAGCACAUUGGGGGGCUGGCUUCUUGCCAACAAAACUGGAAAAAAAACUAACUCUGCUGGGAUGCAAGUCUUGUUUUGGGUGGGUGGCUGGUUAAUCUAGAGGACCACUCAAUGUAACAACCCCCCCCCCCCCACGUCAACGUUUGCCUUACGUCUUGUCCAUACACCCCUCCCAUCAGCCUUGUUAAAACCCUUCACUCCGAGCUUCCAGGUGUUCUAAUCUCCGCUCUGGCGCUCGGCCAUUAGGAAGAGCCAGAGUCGUCUCUUUACACGGCGAGGGAGAUCGCAGCGUCCAAUCGCUGCUCGGGAAUCCGUGUGCUGAGCCUAUCAGCAGUCACCUCUCUCCCGUUGGCAGGAAUUUGCUUAUGUUCGUUUGCAAGCUUAAAUGCUGUCAUUUUUAGGUCAGGCGUGUUCUGUUUUCUUAUAAGAGAGUCUUCUGAAGGCAGUUCGUAUGGGUGAAUUCUUUUUCUCCUCUUUUGUCAUUCAUUUAACAGGAUAGUGUUGGUGGGCGUGUGCAUCGUUUUGAGCUGUCUGAUAUAACUGGAUGUAAAUUAGGACAAACAGGAUAAGCUGAUUUUCAGUGGUAAAGUGUAAAGUUUAUACCGUGUCAUUUGUGUGAUCUACUGUCAGGUUUACCAAAAAGGACAUUUUAUCGCUUUCUGUUUUUCAGAGAAAUCAUGAGAUGUUUUGUACACAGUGUGACAGCACAAAUGGGGAGUUAUCUGCUUUCUAGUUAGAUUGGAAACGUGGGGCCAUGGAGAGCCGUUUCUGUGAAACUGCCUAUUGUAAUUUGUUGUAAAUAAAGAUCUAAUGAUUUUAAUCAACAACAAAGACCAAAUAGUUUUACUAAGAUGGACUGACAUAUUCUUGAAGUAAUGGUACAUCUGCACGCUGAGUAACCUUCCUGUUGCUGCUGUACACUGCGAAUGUGUUGUUCAAAGAACAUUACACCCAUAUAUGUGUGCUAAUUUGGUAUCCUGUGAGAAAUGUAAAAUAGUACUCCAGAUGCCUCCAAUAAUUAUCACACAAAAUACAAUAGCAAAUAUCAGAAUAUUCAGUAUCUGCAUAUGAAUGUCAAGGAUUAAAUUUGGAUGCAAAAAUGUAAAAAUCGAUCUGAAAACAGAAUUCAGUACUAGUGUGCUUAAACGAUUCCAAAACGAUUGUUCUUCAUUCCUUUAAUUUGAAAAAUUAUUUAACACAAGCCAGUUGACUUCCAUAUAUGUGUACUUGAUGAAUAUGAGUUCUGAAGGUCAGGUAUUUGACCCCUGGGGACAGACUGCAGUUCUUUUUUUAACCACAAGGGGAGCUAGUUUGAAAAGGGGUGUCUGUCUCAACUGGCACAACUAGCUAUCAUGAGUACAUUUGACAAUGCAACCACAAAGAACAUGGAAAUUGUAAAACUUACUGAGUACAUUUAAAAACUGGAAACCAUACACCAGAAUAAAACAUCCUUGAUUUAAAUAAAAUU